AUGGUGGUGAGUGUUCACAAACACGACCGUGUGCGGUGGGCGUGGCACGUGCUUGGAAUAGAUACAAACCCCUCCUAUGACGACAUCCGUGCUGCGUACUGCAGGCUCGCUGUCACGACUCACCCGGACCGCUGCACCGAUCCAAGCGCAAAGGAGAAAUUUCAGAUGUUGCACGCCGCGUAUGAGACGGCGCUAAAGAAUAAUGCGGAGGCCAAAGAGAAGAAACGUCGCACGAAAAGUGGUGAGGUGUCAGACUUUGACUGGCGAGCGGAGGUGGCGCGUGUGCGGGCGGCGUAUAGCAGCACGUUUAAAUGCCCGCGUGCCUCUGAUGCGUCGAGGACGCCGUGGCAGAACGCGAACCCAAAUCCGUCGUGCAGCGUGCCGCAACGAACAAACAAGAGGCGUUGUGCCGAUCAGAAACCCCAAGCAGGGGCGCACAUGGUUGAGGUGAGGCGGGCGACUGCCGCGAGGGGCGGGGCAUCCGGGUCAUCAUCGGGACAAGAAGAAGAGGAGCGUCGUCUGCAAGCCAUUAGGGUGCGUCGCCGCGGUUAUUUGUCUCCUUCACUGAAUUUAAUGCGCCGCAUCGUGACACGAGAGGCAUCCCGGCGACAUGCCAUAGUGCGACUUGAGCAGAAGGAGCUGCGGUGUAUUUAUUUAAGUAGUCUGGAGGAAAGGAUUCGGCGUGCUAUAGAAAACUGGGCAGACGCCUUCUGGGUGGAUAUGAGCGAGCAGUGGACCGAGCUUAUUUCUUUUACCACUUGCUCACACAAUAGAAGUGUAUGA